AUGACAGACGUUGAGAAAGUGAAGCUCACGGAGAAACAGGAGCCGCUGACAGCAGGAAAAGUCCGCCGGUGGUUGUGGAACGACCAUGACGAUCCGGACACUUUGCGAGCGCGGCAGCUCUCUUUUAUGGUCACUGGGCGUGAGCUGCCGGAAGACUUCCUAGAGUUGGUUCGACAUGUGAUCACGCACAAGGACAUGGGCGAAGCCGGUAUGAACCAUCGUUUGCUAUUCAUCGUGGCUCUGACCACAGUGUCUGGUGAUGUUGUUUCCGGCAGCCAUCUUGAAGAGAUGCUUCAGGGUCUGCCAAGGGUGCAGGAGCGGGGUUUGCGCAAGUUGGUGCCCAAAUCAAACCGGCAACAGAUCUCCAGUCGCUUGGUCCUUGGUGGUCUUUCCUGGGGGCUCCUCUCCUUGUUACAAGAGGCCUUUUGCCUAACAGGCGGUGAUGGUUCUUUUUUCCGCAGGCAUCUGCAGCUCGAUGGUGGGCCCGCCCUCUUGGAAAAGAGAGCACAAAGCCGUCGAGUCCGGGCGCGAGGCCUGGGUUGA